GACUUGUGGCCGAGUUGGAUCGAAUUCAGCCUACCUACCUUAGUGACUGUCUAUAGCAGCGAACUCACACUCACACAGAGCAACGGGCUAGAUAGGCGUGUAAAAAUAAAAGAAUUUAGUAGUGAAAUGGAGAGAGGGGGAAAUGAUUUUGCCAAUAUUUUUGGAAAUUUACCAGAAAUUGUAGAAAAUGUCAUUUGGCACCUUGAUGCUAGAAGUGUUUUGAGAGCAAAAGAGGUUUGCCGUCUAUGGAAAGAAACAAUUGAACACCUUGAAAGGUACAACAGGCUAUGGCGGCAUUUAUGUUUGCAAGACAUACACAGGGCCUCUCUAAUUGACAUCGUAGGCUUCAACCCCUUGUCGGAUGACUGUCAGGAGGAUUUACCUUGUGGCGAUGAUGGAGAAUUUGAAGAUUUGUGGAAAAACGUGUACAGGAGCUGGAGAGCAGGCCAAUUCUUGAAUCAUUGUAAAAAAUCAUCUUUUAAGUUGACUGGGUUUUCCAACGGACCAAGUAUUUUGCUAAUAGGAGCUUACGUGUAUAUGAUUGCACAUACUGUAUGUAAUACACGAUUAUCGGUAUGGAAUAUUGAUACAAGUGAACAAGUCCUGUAUUCCCAAGACCUAAGAUGCGAUGUAAACAGAACAUAUUCAUGCUCAAAGAUGUUUGCACACUUACAGAAUCCACUUUGCAAGUUUUCCCAGCAUCAAGAUUUGACGCAGCAUUCCCUCAUCAUAUUAGGGGUUGGUAAUAUCCAGUGGUGGAUAUUUAUAAAUGGGGAAUUCCAUCUGGCUAAUAUGUUACCAGACGAUGAUCACGGAAUAAUGGGAGUUUGGCACAACACAUUAGUGACUUAUUCAUACAAACGUAUUAUGAAAGUUUUUAUCCUUGAAAGAAGACAGAAUGAAUGUAAUUUCUGUGCAAGAAAUGUAUCUGAGGAGUUACCCAGUAAUCUGAAUGUUACUUCAAUGAACGUUUGGAACAACAAAUGCUUGUUUAGUGUGAAGUCGGAACCUUACUCAAUUGCCAUAUAUGGAUUGGAUAACUUCCAACAGCAGUUAAUAGUAACAGGACUUGCCAAUGUUUCUUAUUUUGGUACUCUACGACUAUUUGGAGAUUUUAUUUUAAACUCAAUUGGUGAAGUAAAUCACUUUUCAACCCAGAGAAAUAAACUUUAUGUCUUCAACACCAAAACAGGAGAACAGCUACAUGUAAAAGUUAACGGAGUUUCUCACUCAAGAUACAAGUUACAUGGAGACUUGCUAAUUGUAAGCCAAAACUUGCUUGAUAAGGUCAGUCUGUGUCGGAUCAACAAAACCAGAUGUAAAGACCCUGUUUGGUGCGAGUAUGAUUCUCAGCAGAGCAGUAUUGAAGAUGAAGAAGAUAUAGGAGACAACAUCCGUGAUGAUGAUGGGUACAGAAUGGUUAUUCCCGAGGUUUUUGAAACGAAAAAAAUGAUUCACAGAUUAAAGACUUUUAUUAUAAGUUAUGGGGAAAGUAUAGUAAUUCUAAAGGGAAUAACUCCAUCUCAUGAAUGUUUUCUGGACCAGUAUGUCUACUAAUAUUCAGCAUCAUCACACACAUCAAAAGCUCCCUAACAUCAAGCACAGUUAGUUUACCAUAGUUGUUAACAGUAUCUUCUUGACAUUGCUACUAAUAUCACUAUGGUGCUUGUUUUAUUAUUAUUUCUUUGCUAUAAAUAUUUUAAAUAUAAACCUUUUUUUUAAGUCUUACUACUUGUAGCUUGACUGCAUUAGUUAAAUAAAGGCAACCGUUACAAAACAUUAUAAUAAAUUUAUGAGUGACAAAACCACAAAAAGAAAAAAAAAAUACAUCCGUCUGAGUUUUCAUUCAUUAUUACGGCUGAAUUUGUACUAUCGUGAACUGGCUUUUGGCAACCUCUUGAAUCGAUGUUCAUUUUGUAGAGUCUAGUUGGGUACUCACUGCACCCAACCAAUGCUCGUCAGCCAACACGAUUCUAUGGAAAACGCGAUGUUGCAUGCGUGCUCAAUGCUUUUAAUAACGAUCCGUUUUUAAUUUAAAAUCGGCAGACGAUGUUGCGUCUGGCGCUCACAGGAAGCGGCGCUUGAUUUUUUCAUCAUUCGUUUGCACAACCCAGUGAAUGCCCAGCUUAACAUUCACUUAUAAACAAAACACUGGAUACGGCUGGUAUCUGAUGGUAAUAGGUUUGUGCCUGAUAAUUUUAAAUUAAAGAAGCUGUUACUUAUGUUGUAUUGUAGAUAGAUGCACGUUUUCUUUUGCCUUUUCACGUUGUCUACCGCUUGCCUUUACCCAUUGUAAAUUGUUCAUAAUGUGGAUCAUAUCACACGGGGAAAAGGUGCAAGUUUUCAAAUAAUUGUUACAUUGUAUAAAUAAAUUCUAAUUUUCUUGUACACUAUAGGAA